AUAAUCCUGUUGGCCAGGACCCCAGAGCUCCACAGAUGAGAAAAGGAUGCAGGAAAUUCUGUUGUUUAUGCAUGUGUCUGUAACACUGAGCCGCUAGAACAGCCCAGCAAGCCCAGAGGGCCUGAAAAGAUAAGUAUGAAUUUAGAUUCCAUUUACCGGUUAAUUGAGGAAACACAGAUCUUCCAGAUGCAGCAGUCAUCAGUUAAACCACCUUGUGACAUGGUAGCGUCUGCCUCGUGCCCCCGCGAUACCUGUAAUUCCUGUGUGCCACUUGGUGGGCUACGGUCUCAUGCCACUCACAACUACUGUGCUCGCUCAAGCAACGCCACCGAAUGGGAUAUUUGUGAAGAACUUCGCCUGCGGGAACUUGAAGAAGUCAAAGCCCGAGCGGCUCAGAUGGAGAAGACCAUGCGCUGGUGGUCAGACUGCACUGCCAACUGGAGAGAAAAGUGGAGUAAAGUUCGAGCUGAAAGGAACAGUGCCAGGGAGGAAGGAAGACAACUCAGAAUAAAAUUAGAGAUGACAAUGAAAGAAUUGAGUGCACUGAGAAAGAAGCAGAGUUUGCCACAUCAAAAGGAGGUGUCAGAAGCUAGUGUGACCCAGGACCUGAAGCGUCCUGGUUUCAUAGAAAUGUCCUAUGCACAAAGGGACCAAUUUCAAAUUGGUUCCCAAACAUGUGAAUCUAUCAGAGAGUGUUUUGUGAAAAGAGAAUUUCCUACAAAGGAGAACACAAAUAGUAAGGAAGAAGGUUUGAUUUUUGACCCAUUAAGAUUAAAUGAAGAAAUGAAACUCAACCUGGAUUGUCCUGAUUUAUUCAAGAACAGUGGUUCUGAAAACUGUGCGAUGAAAGCUGGAUUAAGACCGCAAGCACUAAAUCUGCCUUUAGAGAAUGAAGGGCCUGAAGUUUCAGCUUUGCAGGUGCAAUUGGAUGAGUUCCAAAAAAUCUUAUGCAAAGAAAGAGAAAUGCGCUCAUCUUUGGAAAAAGAAAUAGAACGACUGGAGUCAGCUGUAUCUUUAUGGAAACAGAAGUAUGAAGACCUGAAAGAAUCCAAGCCAAAAAACGUAAACGAGUUUAACAUUCUUCAUGGUCUACAUAAAAAUGCAAUAGAAGAAAUGUCAGGAGAUAUAAAGGAAGGAACAAAAUCCCAAAACAGCAAGGAUAGACUGAUCUAUGAGUUAAGAGCAGAGCUAGAAAAACUGCAGGCUGAAAAUACAUCAGAAUGGGACAAGAAAGAAAUACUUGAAACAGAAAAACAAGGAUUGGAGAGAGAAAAUAGAAGGCUAAAGGUCCAGGUGAAAGAAAUGGAAGAGCUCCUCAAGAGGAAAGAUAGAUUAAGUGCAAGUUCUCAAGGUCCUGAUUUCAAGACAUCACAAAUUGAACUGCAGGAAAAAAACAAGGAACUGUUGGACCUUCAACAUGCCCACCAUGAACUAAGCAGACAGUGCCAGGCGAAAACAGAGCUGACUCAUGCAAACAACCGCGGGGAUCAAAACGAAGCCGAAGUAAAGAAACUGAGAUUUCGAGUGGAAGAACUAAAACAGAGACUCGACCAAAAAGAAGACAAGCUUGAUGAUUUCCUGAAUCAGAUCCAUAAACUCCAAAGAUGUCUGGAUGAACAGAAAGAAGCAAAUGAAAAUUUGGAAAUUGAACUCAGGCACUUACAAAAUCGAUGAUGACUUUGGUUACGAGACUGUCAUCCUGCGAAGUUUAAAAACGGAAUAGAAAGCUGGGAGACUGUUCAUUCUGUGAUUGUAGCUGGUUAUCAUCUGCCCGAUGGCAUUGCCACCUUUCCAA